CCGGCAAGAGCUCGCUCAUCAAUGCAAUGAAGCGCGCCGGCGGCACCGGCGGCCGCGGCGAGCCGACCGUCGCACCCGUCCCCGGCACCACCCUCGGCCUGCUGCGCGUCCCGGGGCUGCCCCUCGGCCCCAAACAGCGGGUGUUCGACACGCCCGGCGUGCGGCACGCGUACCAGCUGACCUCGCGGCUUCCGCUGGAGGAUGUCAUGAUGGUGCUGCCGCGCCGCCGCCUCAAGCCGCGCACGUGGCGGCUGGGGGAGGGCUCUUCAGUCCUCAUCGGCGGCCUCGCGCGCGUCGACGUGGUGACGUCACCGGGGCCGACUCUGUACCUCACCGCGUUCGUCAGCGAUGACGUCACCUGCCACAUGGGCAAGACGGACGGCGCGGAGGAGCGGCGGCUGCGGCACGCGGGCGGCGCGCUCGUGCCGCCGAGCAGUGGCGCGGCGGCGCUCGAGGCGCUCGGCCCGCUGGCGCCGCGCGAGGCGGCGGUGGAGGGCGGCACGUGGGAGCACAGCAGCAUCGACGUGGCGAUCGCGGGUCUGGGCUGGGUGGCGGUCGGCGUCAAAGGCGAGGCCAAGCUGCGGGUGUGGGCGCCGGAGGGCGUCGCGGUCACCGUGCAUGACUCACUGGUGCCCGAUUACGCAAAGGACUUCCAGCGGCCGGGGUGGAGCGACCUGCUGCCGGCCAAGAGCCGGGAGCGGGUGGCGGAGGCGGCGCGGAAGCAGGCGCAGCAGCAGCGGGAGGCCGGGGGCGGCGGAGAUGGCGGUGGCGGUGGCGGCGGCGGCACGGAGGGGUCGGGCGGCGCCGAGCCUGCGGCCGGCGACGCGCGCGGCGAGCGCAGCCGCGAGGCUGCGGGCGUCGGCGGCGGGAGCAGGGGUGGUGGCGGGAGCGCGGGCGGCAGGGGCCGCGGCGGCAGGCGUGGGGCCGCCCCGGCGCGCAGCAAGAGUGGGCGCGGCGGCAGUGGGGCGCGGCGCACGCCGUAA